GGUGAAUGAAUACCGUUAUCUUUCCCUCUGCACCGUCUCACUUCAUAGGCUUUAACUCAAGAACUCAAGCUGCAGCUGCAAUUAAGGAACCACGCCUGUUGCUAUUUAAUUUCCUUGAAUUGUAGCACUUAUACGACAGCUCCCUAGAGCUAAACGAAUAGUUACAGGCUCCCAACCAGAAAUCACACUACUCGUCGAUUUUUUUCUAAAUCCCCCCGUAUUAAUUUUAUUAUCGCGAGAACCAACAGAACGAGCCUCCUGGGCUGAUCUUGACCACUGCCGCCGGGCUGGGAGUUAAUAUCCCCGUCGGUCACCCAGCUCUCUGACCUGGAGCACGCACUAUAGCAGAGAUGGAAUACCUCAAGUUUUAUUUAGUGUUUUCAUGCUGGAUCAAGUUUGCAGCUUCUGUCUUGUCCAGUGAUGUUCCUCAAGCCCCUGUGCCAAUUCCUAAAGAGAAAUUGCUCGUCUUAACUGUUGCAACUGAGGAAACAGAUGGUUUCCUCCGCUUCAUGAGGUCUGCUGACUAUUUUAACUACACUGUGAAGGUGUUGGGAAUGGGAGAGGCAUGGAAGGGCGGCGAUGUGGGUCGUUCUAUUGGUGGAGGGCAAAAAGUCAGACUACUGAAGAAUGCCAUGGAGGCUCUGGCUGAUCAGGAGGAUCUUGUUGUCCUCUCCGUGGAUAGCUAUGAUCUUAUCUUUGCCGGGGGACCAGAAGAAAUUCUCAGGAAGUUUCAGCAGGCCAAUCACAAGGUGCUAUUUGCUGCAGAGGGACUGGUAUGGCCAGAUAAACAGCUCGCUGACAAGUACCCCUUAGUCCGCACUGGCAAACGCUACCUCAACUCUGGAGGUAUAAUUGGCUACGCCCCGUACAUAAACAGAAUAGUUUCACAGUGGAACCUUCACGAUAAUGAUGAUGACCAGCUCUUCUACACUAAAAUAUACCUGGAUCCAUUACAGCGGGAAUCUCUCAAUAUGACUUUGGACCACAAGUGCCAGAUUUUUCAAAACCUGAACGGGGCUGUUGAUGAAGUGCUUCUCAAGUUUGGAACGGACAGAGUGAGAGUUAGAAACACGGCGUACGACUCUCUGCCAGUGGUUGUCCAUGGCAACGGAAACACCAAAAUGUACUUGAACUAUCUGGCCAACUAUGUUCCCAAUGCAUGGAACUAUGAACAUGGCUGUAGCCACUGUGAUGAUGACGUUGUGGACUUUUCUCAGUUAAAAGAGUAUCCAAAUGUGCUGGUUGGAGUAUUCAUUGAGCAGCCAACUCCAUUUCUUCCUGAAUUCUUUCAGCGACUUCUGACCCUGGAUUACCCAAAGGAUAAACUCAAACUUUUUGUCCACAACAAUGAGGUUUACCACGAGAAGCACAUCCAGAGGUUCUGGGAAGAGAACAGGAAUGUGUUCAACAGUUUCAAAGUUGUGGGACCAGAAGAAAAUUUGAGCCAAGGAGAGGCCAGGAAUAUGGCAAUGGAUCUUUGCCGUCAGGAUGCCACAUGCGACUACUACUUCAGCAUAGAUUCUGAUGUCAUGCUGACCAACAGACAGACACUGAAGCUCCUCAUUGAGCAAAACAGAAAAAUAAUUGGCCCCCUUGUCACUCGUCACGGCAAGCUGUGGUCCAACUUCUGGGGAGCCUUGAGUCUGGAUGGUUAUUACGCCCGAUCUGAAGAUUAUGUUGACAUUGUGCAGAGAAAACGCGUGGGUGUGUGGAACAUUCCUUACAUGGCACAUGUAUACCUUGUCAAGGGCAGUGCCUUAAGGAAUGAACUGAAAGAAAGGAACUACUUUGUUCUGGAAAAACUGGACCCAGAUAUGGCUUUAUGUAGAAAUGCCAGAGAAAUGACCAGUCACAGAGAAAAAGACUCCCCUUCUCCGGAAUCAUUCCAUAUGCUCAGGCCCCCAAAGGGAGUCUUCAUGUACAUAACCAACCGUCACGAAUUUGGGAGGCUCAUUUCCACAGCCAAUUAUAACAUUUCUCAUUACAACAAUGACUUGUGGCAGAUAUUUGAAAACCCUGUGGAUUGGAAAGAGAAAUACAUCCACUCAAACUACACUCGAAUUUUCACUGAGAACUACUUGGAGCAGCCAUGUCCAGAUGUGUUCUGGUUCCCAGUCUUUUCAGAGAAGGCUUGUGAUGAACUAGUUGAGGAGAUGGAGCAUUACGGUUCAUGGUCUGGAGGCAAACACCAGGACAAGCGGAUUGCUGGAGGCUAUGAGACUGUGCCGACGGAUGACAUUCACAUGAAGCAAAUUGGGUUUGAGAAAGAGUGGCUCCAUUUCAUCCGAGAGUUCAUAUCACCUGUCACGUUAAAAGUUUUCUCUGGCUAUUACACAAAGGGUUAUGCUAUAAUGAACUUUGUUGUAAAAUACACUCCUGAGAGACAAGCAUACCUGAGGCCCCACCAUGACUCCUCUACUUUCACCAUCAACAUUGCUCUGAAUAACAAAGGCAUAGACUUUCAGGGAGGGGGUUGCCGAUUCCAUCGGUAUAACUGCACCAUAGAAUCACCGAGGAAAGGCUGGAGCUUCAUGCACCCGGGACGACUGACUCACCUGCAUGAAGGCCUACCCACAACCGGCGGCACCCGCUAUAUUGCAGUGUCUUUUAUUGAUCCUUAAACUACCUGACGGCCUUAUGAUAUCAAGUCUUUCAACCACGCUUCGCUUUUUUUCGUCCAAUUUUUUUUUGUUUUUGUUUGGUUGUAUGAUUUGAAGUUUUGCGCACAAGCUGUUCUGCUGAUGCGAUUCUUUUUUUUAAAGCAGUUGCUUUAAAAUCUUGAAAAAGUUGCAUUCAAAUAAUCUCUGUCAGACAGAGAAUAGAGAGGAAAGGGAAGUAACAAAGGCAAUUAACAGUUUUGAUACACAAAUUGAAACAAAAAGCAAGCUAGCAGGGUAAGGAUUUCUGUCACAUUAUUGCUUCAUUUUUGAUUCAAAACCAAAAUCUUUCAAGAAAUUGUCUAUGCUGUAGAUUGUCAUGAUUUUCAUUGCUUUGUCAUGUUUACCAUCAUUAAUGCACCCUGGUUGAUUUGCUAGCAAUUAGCUCUACUGUGUGAGGUUGUGCGGAUGACCAUUGUGUAUAAAGUUGUGUUUCAGGUAAAAUGUCACUGAACUUACGUAUUGCUUCAAAAGUUACUACUGGUGCUAAUAAUCAUGUUUCUGCAGUGUAAGCUACGUUGUUUUCUACCCUGAGUCAGUCAAGGUUUUAUUUGUGAUUUUUUAAUUACAUUUCCAUUUGGUUUGUGCCCCAUUAAAAGAACUUGUGUACUGUAAUUUUGCACAGCAAAGAGAGCAGAAUUCAAUAAGAAUUCUAGCUAAAUGAAGAUCGAUAUGUCAUUUUUACUUGAAAGGCUUUCCUUCUUUCUUUACUGAAUAUUGGCAACACUGAUUUGCUUUACUGAAAAUAUUUCUGCAAAAUGUUCUUCCUUUUUUCUGACAGAUAUGAGUGACUGGAUUUUAAAACUCAGCAAACUAUUUUUUAACUUAUUGUGUAAUUCAAUUAAAAAAAAACUCUGAAUACUGAAAAA